GCGACAAUGGCUACCACGGCGGUGAACACGGAGGGUGCGAAGCCCGCAGCAACCGCGCUUAUCGCGACAUCGGAUGAUUCUCGCAAGUCGCCCAAGCACUAUCGGGGCUUUGUAGCUGGUGUCUUCAGCGGCAUCGCAAAGCUUUCAGUCGGCCACCCAUUCGACACGGUAAAAGUGCGUCUGCAGACGACGCAAAGAUCGCAUUUCCGAGGCCCUGUAGAUUGUCUCAUGCAGACGCUGCGGAAAGAGGGCUUCGCAGGACUGUACAAGGGCGCCACUCCGCCGCUGGUAGGAUGGAUGUUCAUGGACUCGAUCAUGUUGGGCUCGCUCAGUGUAUACCGCCGCGUCCUCAACGAUCGGGUCUUCAAUCCACCCUCGUACGCCCGACUGGGCGAACCGCAAGGCAGGCUUCCCGCAUACGGCCAUGCCAUGGCGGGCACAAUGGCGGGCUGGACAGUGUCGUUUAUUGCUGCGCCGGUCGAGCACAUCAAGGCCCGUCUCCAGGUUCAGUAUGCAGCAGACAAGACGGCGCGCCUCUACUCGGGGCCAAUCGACUGUCUGAAGAAGAUAUACACUGGCCACGGGAUCAAGGGCGUGUACCAUGGUCUGAGCGCCACGCUGCUCUUCCGCACAUUCUUCUGUUUCUGGUGGGGUACAUACGACCUGUUCACACGACAGCUGCAGAGGCACACUAGUCUGUCAGCACCAGCGGUCAACUUCUGGGCGGGGGGUCUUUCGGCGCAGAUCUUCUGGCUGGCAAGCUACCCCAGUGAUGUGGUCAAGCAGCGCAUCAUGACGGAUCCACUUGACAAGAGGAGAUUUCCGCAGUGGAAGGACGCCGCCCAGGCGGUGUACAGGGAAGGCGGCUGGAGGGGGUACUGGCGCGGCUUUGUGCCAUGCUUUUUGCGUGCCUUUCCGGCCAAUGCCAUGGCGCUGGUGGCAUUUGAGGGCGUCAUGAGGAGCCUGCCAGAGUGAAGGCGGGGAAAACGGCGGAGAUGCAAAGGCCUUGCAGCCAGCCACAAUGACAGCAUGAUUUGACAUUUUAGCGAUGCAUGGCCGGCUUUGGAGAAGACGAUACCCACGGCACGACAGGGAUACGAGGCCACAGAAUCUUGACUUGUCUUGAC